AUGCAUGCCCUAAAACAGGGUUCGAGCCGCAGCCUUGUUGAAGUGGCUUUGGUGGAAGUGAGGAAACGGUUUCUCGAUCUAGCAACGUGCCGUUUCGCUCCGGAUUCAUUUGAAUAUGACAUGGUUAAAUAUAGAAUGAAAAAGCUAUACAAUUCCACAGUGGUGGGCGGAAAGUAUGUGCGGUCCACGUUAGCGUUGGAUUCGUUUCGUGCUUUGAAUCCUGAUGCCAGUACCCCUAAAUUACACACUAUGGCAGAGAGCGCUGCAUUGUUAGAACUGGUUCAAAGUUUCUAUGUAAUACUAGACGAUAUUAUGGAUGGAUCAGAAACCCGACGUGGUAAGCCGUGCUGGUAUAAGCAUCCUGGUACUUUGCGAGUACUAGAAGCGAUUCUCAGAUUUUUUAUCAGAGACUAUCUUUCCAGAGAAUUGUACGCCGCACAUCCACAAGUUGAUCGAUUAUGUAGUUCUUAUCAAAAGUCAAAACGCAUGACUCUACUGGGACAACUUUUGGAUACGUCUUCUGUUCGAGACAUUGACGCUUUUACAUGGGAUCGGUUAGUGACGUUCUGCUUUUCGACUUCUUGGUCAGAAAUAAUAUGGAAAUUAAGUCAAAUUCUAAGCUUCCUAUGUACGUGGCCCAAGUGCUAUUUGUCUCAAUAUUUAAAGGCACAGUUCACGAUUAUUCAAUGA